CAGUGUAUGCUAUUACCGAUCUUUAAGGUUCAAGACCUGGAGAUUAUCUGGAAAACCGACGACUUUCUGCAUUUAUGUGCACUUCUGAUCCAAAGGAGCCUUUCGGAAUAGUUUGAGAAGACCUCCCGCAGCCGCGUGCACGUUUUAUCCACUUAAAUUGUGGGGCUAAUUUUUUGCUUUUCCCGUGCAGGAGGACCCACCGUAGAACAUUCUUUGUGCGCGCUCUCUCCCGUUUCGCCAUUCGCCAGAUCCGCAUCAUUAUCGUCAGCGCUCGCGCUGCCUCUGUCUCCACUUGUGCAGUGAGGACAUCAUGAAUUCGGAUAUUAACAUGUACCUGGGUCGAGAGAAAGCGGGGAUUAUGCGAAAGAGAGCCCUACUACUCAGGAAAGGCUGCAGUUUCGAAAUAACGAGCCCCUGUAGAAUUCACUGUGGCAGGAACUCACCCAUGAUCUGUUUAAAGAAUCAGAACAACAACAACAGCUCAGCUUCAGAGGAUCUGGGGUGCAGGAGAGGAGAGUUCAGCCGGAAACACUAUGGAUCAGUUGAACUGCUCAUCUCCAGUGAUGCAGAUGGGGCCAUACAGAGAGCAGGGAGAUUCAGAGUGGAGAACGGUUCACUAGAUGAGACCUCUGACUAUACGCCUGGAACAUGGAGGAGAACUGACGUCCAUUUGGAGAACCCAGAGUACCACACCAGAUGGUUUUUCAAGUACUUCCUGGGAAAAGUCCAUCAGAACUAUGUGGGAACAGAUGCAGAGAAGAACCCAUUCUUCCUGUCUGUGGUCCUGUCAGACCAGAACAACCAGAGGGUCCCACAGUAUCGAGCCAUCCUCUGGCGCAAGAUGGGUACUUUAAAAAUCAGCCUUCCAUACAGUCCGACAAAAACACUAUCAGUCAAAUCUAUAUUAAGUGCCAUGAAUGUGGAUCGUUUUGAGAAGGGCCCGAGGGAGAUCCUUAAUCCAGAGAUUCAGAAGGACUUACUGGUGUUGGAAGAGCAAGAGGGCAGUGUAAACUUUAAAUUUGGUGUUCUUUAUGCCAAAGAUGGACAGUUGACAGAUGAUGAAAUGUUUAGCAAUGAAACAGGAAGUGAGAGCUUUGACAAAUUUUUGAAUCUCCUUGGUGACACAAUCUGUCUGCAGGGCUGGGCCGGUUAUAGAGGAGGACUUGACACUAAGAAUGACACUACAGGAAUGAAUUCCAUUUACACAGUCUAUCAGGGUCAUGAACUCAUGUUCCACGUUUCCACCAUGCUACCUUAUUCUAAAGAGAACAAACAACAGGUAGAGAGGAAGAGACACAUUGGGAACGACAUUGUGACCAUUGUGUUUCAGGAGGGAGAUGAUGCCUCUCCGUCCUUCAAACCCUCAAUGAUUCGCUCCCAUUUCACACAUAUUUUUGCCUUAGUUCGAUAUAAUUGCCAGAACGACAGUUACAGGUUGAAGAUUUUCUCAGAGGAGAGUGUGCCACUGUUUGGCCCACCCCUCCCUCCCCCUCCAGUAUUCACAGACCAUCAAGAGUUCAGGGACUUUUUACUAGUUAAAUUAAUAAAUGGAGAAAAAGCCACUCUUGAAACCCCUACUUUUGCUCAAAAACGUCAGCGUACACUGGAUAUGCUGAUCAGAUCCCUGUACCAGGAUCUCAUGCCAGAUAUGCACAAGAACAUGCUGAACCGACGCUCCUUCAGUGAUGUACUGCCAGAGUCACCCAAAUCUGCCCGUAAAAAAGAAGAAGCACGUCAGGCAGAGUUUGUCCGAGUGGGACAGGCCUUGAAGCUGAAAACCAUAGUUAGAGGAGAUGCGCCCACCAGUCUAGUCACCACUGGCCUUUGCAGGAAAGAGCCAUGGGAGUCACAGUCUUUCUGCAACAGCUUCCCGUAUGAUAUAGUCUGUGGAGACUCAUGGGGACAGUCGUUACUGGUCGCCACAGAUUCAGCAGGGGUCAUGCUCCUGGAAGCCUCAGAUCCGCUGUUCUCCAAUGCAGAUUCACCAACCCUGCCUCCGGUGCAGGUAUUUGACAAAACAUUGUCCAUCAAACAAAUGCAUGUACUGGAACCUCAGGAUCUCCUCAUUGCAAGAGCAGAUAAGGGGAAAGAUGCACGUCUGUACGUUUAUAGACUGAGCACACUCAAACGAGGGAUAGAGGAGCGGCAGCUUGUCCGCACCAAGUGUGACAGUCGAGAGAACAAGCUGGAGAAAACCAAAGGCUGCCAUCUCUACUCCAUAAACACACAUCAUGGGGUCGAGCUUAGAAUCGUUGCAGCGAUAAGAAACAAGCUCCUUCUCAUCACCAGGAAGCAGCCACGCAUCGAAUGCCUCAGUUCUAUUGCUACAGUGACAGGGACUUGUGACUCACCUGUGGAGGAGUUCCAAUACAUACGGGAGAUUUGCUUGUGUGACUCCCCGGUGGUCAUGGCACUGGUUGAUGGUCCAACAGGAGAAAAUGAUCACAUGAUAUGUGUGGCCUACAAACAUCAGUUUGACUUGAUCAAUGAGAGCACAGGAGACGCCUAUAGACUACACCAUGUAGACGCCAACCGGGUGAACUUCGUUACAGCCAUAGAUGUGUAUGAAGAUGGAGAGGCUGGACUUCUACUUUGCUACAACAAUAUUUGCGUCUAUAAGAAGGUAUGUCCAUUUAAUGGAGCUACACCCAUGAUUCAGCCCAACUCUUCAGACUUCCAUUUCAGCUGGAACCAAAUGCCCAAUUCUAUUGUGUGUGCAUUCCCCUAUAUCCUGGCUUUCACCACUGAUUCAAUAGAGAUCCGGCUAGUUGUUAAUGGCAACCUAGUAUAUACAGCUGUUGUUCCAGAGCUUCAACUGACUGCUUCCAGAUCUGAUAUCUAUUUCAUCUCGUCAGCACCUAUAAACUCUGCGUCUAACUGUAGCUCCAGAGACACCAGCUCCCAGAGUUCACCUCAGACUCCCACCGGCUAUGAGAUGCCUGUCUUUCCUUCACCACUUGGAGAUGAUUGUAUACGGAUCCCCUACGGCACCAAGCUAUCCCUCUACAUGUCUAAAGACUCUGAAGGUGAAGCUCCCUCAAAACACAUCUAUAUGAUCCCGUUGAGUAACCUAGUUGGACGGAGCAUCGAGAGACCCCUCAAGUCUCCACUGGUCAAUAAAGUAGUCACGGCACCUACCCCCAGUGUUAUAGGGCCUGUUCCCUUGAUUGCAAGUACACCUUCACUCUCACUGUCUCGCAUGGAAAUCAAAGAGAUCGCCAGCCGCACACGCAAAGAACUGCUGGGUUUGACAGAGGAAUCCAGCAGUAAAGCAGACAAUAAUUCAGUGAAACAGAGAAGAAUGAGCAAGAAAACCAAGGAGGACGAGCAGAAGAGAACAGCAGGCAGCGCUACCACUGAACAAGUGGGCAUGGAGUCUAUAGAUGGAGAAACCGACGUCCACCUGCUUUGUUCAUCUGGCCCUGAGGUGGAACUGCGAGAUGAUAGCCCACCCAUGGCCAGCCCUUUUACCUUCACCACUUCUUUUGAGGAGGAUAUUUUGGACCUAAAGUGAUGAUAAUCACAGUUUAGGAAUCACAGUGUACCUCUCACCUUAUCACACAUCUUCCUACCUUUUACUUUUUUUAAUCGUCUUUGCUUAGUCUGCCUACUCAUCUGAAGUAUGCGGUGUGUUAAUGAGUCCCAGAGCUUUAUACCUGAAUGAGUUAACAGUGGGGUGAUGUCAAAAUUCACUCCUUGAAGAUGUAUGGAUGUGUAUGUGUGUAUGUAAGAUUCAAUGUUUACACUAUAAGAGUGAUACAGCUUGAAAUUCAGGUGAUAUGUGAUCAUUUCAGAAUUGUGGCGAAAUGUUGACAUCCUACAGAAUCUGAAUAAGUCGAUGUUUGAUUUAGUUUCUUUAGAAUGGUAAGAUCAGAUCUUACAUUAUCUUUAGAAAAACAAUUUAGCUUUUAAGGUAAACUUGUAGCCAUACGAACAGAAAAUGGGAUACUUAAAAUGUUGGGCUUGAAUUUGAAAGGUUUGGAACAGUUUAAGGUCAAGGCAAAUAGUACUUUUCACCCCAGGACCUGAACGCAAAACAAUGAAACAUAUUUUUAAAUUCCUUCUUUAUGUUUUUAAAUGUUUUCUAUGUUUGUGAUUUGUACAUUGCGUGAUUAUUUCAAAGUUGUAAAAAACUAAAUGCAUCUUGGACCGGGUGCACACAUGAAAAUACAAAUGUAAACAUAUAUAUAUAUAUAUAUAUAUAUAUUUAAACCUUUCUAGAUAUUGUAUUAUGGACAAAUAAAACUCACAUCUUGUGCAUAUCAAUGUAAUGGUCUAACCUGCCUCCACCCUCACCAUGCUUUUAAACACCAGAAAAAAAUUCCCUUGGUAGAAAGGGCAGAAGUUUCCCACAAGUGCCAUUUUGAACUGCACACUGCAACCAAUAGAGUCCUCCACCAGACUGACCAUGGUUUGCAUAUCUCAUGAGGCAGAAGCAAACACUACAUCUGUUCUAUCUAGUUCUAGCGGUUUACCAUAGCUCACUAUGCUACCAGUAUGAGCUAUGAUACAUGAACAUCCACAUUUUGCCUCUAAGUAUUUACAGACACCGUCAAAUUAUUUUUUAAAGUGCUGUUGCUUUUUGAAAAGGGCUCUGGAUCACCUGCAUGCCUCCCUUCAAUGCCACUAAGGUAAAGGGAUUUGAUGUAUUAGUAGUUUAGAAUUUAGAAUAAAGAAGUUUAAACAUUUGGAAAGAACCCUCCAGGAAUUUAGGUCAGGGUCACAUAGAUUAAAUCUCUGAUUCUAGUUAAAUAUAAGAAUGAGAAUUUAUACUACUGUUUACAGUUUAAACUCAAAGAUGUUUAACGAAUGUCAUCAAAGGUGUGACAGCAGAACAUACACAAGAGCCUCAGGAACAGCACAAGGAAAGGGGGAUGAGUAAGUAUUAGAUGCAGAUAAACUGCUUAGCUAAAUGCAUGCCCCCCACUCUCACCUUCUUAAAAACUUUCUUCAUCUUAAUGUGAGCCAUGCAACACUAGUAACAGCCUGGGGUAAAAAAGGAAAACGUGGGAAUAUUUUUGUAAAUUAAUUUUUAAAUCAUAUUUAUUUGCUAUAUGUUGUUUUUAAGAGGGAAAUGGGUGAGCCUGAGACUGACUGAAUUUUUGUUUCUGUUUUGGUUUUGUUUCCCCCCAUUGCAUCCUGUCUGUUGUUGCCUUCUCCCUCUGUUCACCCUCCUAACUUUUUUUGCAGUGGUUUUGUAUCUAUAUCGGUAUUAACUGUUUAGACUGUUGCAGAAACUCUGUGAUAUUGGAAUUAAACAAAAAUUAAUAAAAAAACACCAAGUGUCUUAAAAUAUUGUAUUGCCAUUGUUUUUAAUACCAAGUACUUCUUGUAAAUGUUAGUGUUUCAGAUGU